AUGUCCGGUCUCCCACAAUACAGACGCGAGCCAGAAGAGAGCGACACGACCCCACUCUUCAAAUCCUACGCGGGAGCCGAAUCGGACCCCUCCGCGGCGCACCUUCAGGCUGUGCAGGGGCAGUCAUCGACGUCCUAUCCUCCCGUAAUAGCUGCUCCGGAUCUGGAUGACGGUGGGCCCGCCAGGAAGAGUAUCAUUUAUACGUUCGUGCCGAGGUACCCUAUUCGCGGGAGUGAGGAGAAUGCGACGGGGGUGUUGGGGCGGACGAAAGAGGAAACAAUCUACUUCGUUCUGCGUGGCUUUCCCCGUCUUCAAGACUAUCCCCCAGACCGGAUCGAGUUCCUCAAGGACAUCCGGGGCGAUCGGGCCAUCGUGAUGAACGAGGCUUGGGCCGGGUUCAAGGAUGAUGCGCCUCGCCAAUUGUAUGUGAGGGUGAGGGACGGACCGGGGGACGCAGCGGCCAGAAGGAAAUUCCGCACUCGCCAAGCGAUACUCAUCUCGACUGGCUGUAUAUCGGGGGCCAUGGUCUUCCUGCUCUUCUGUGUCUGGAUAGCCACGCUCAAGCGAUGA